CAAUGCUCUUCAGCUUUUUAAUAAACAUGCCUUUAGGAUGGAUUUACCACCACAUGACUUUGUUGAUAUCUCAAGGCAAAUUAUGACCAAAACAGGUGGACUUCCUUUAGCACUUGAGGUUAUCGGUACCUCACUUUAUGGCAAGAGCAAAAAGUUUUGGAAAGACACUUUGCAGAAGUUAGAGUUGGUGCCCAACCAGGAAGUCUUCAAUAAAUUAAAGAUUAGUUAUGACAUGUUGGAGCCUCACCAGAGAGAGAUCUUUCUUGAUAUCGCAUGUUUCUUCAUUGGGGAAGAUAGACUGGAUCUAUGCUAUAUAUGGAAAGCUUCCAACUAUUUUCCAAUGAGGGAACUACUUGUCCUUACUCGUAUGUCUUUGAUAAAGAUAACAAAAUAUGAUGGAUUGCGGAUGCAUGAUCAACUUAGAGAUCUUGGAAGAGAAAUUGUUCAGCGCGAGGACAUCAAUUUUCCAGGGAAGUGUAGCAGGUUGUGGGAGCCCAAGAUUGCCUUUGAUGUGGUUCAGAUGAAAGAGGGGACAGACAAAGUCAUAGCACUUAGAUUAACAAGACUUUGCAAGAACACAAGUUUCACAAGUGAAGAAUUUUCAAAGCUGCCCAAUCUAAGAUAUUUGGAAUUAGAGUGCAAGAACUUGGUAGGGGACUUUAAGAAUCUUCUCUCCAAGUUAACAUGGCUCUCUUGGAGUAAUUGCCCGUCAGAACUAAACACGACGAAUUUGUGUCUCGAGAAAUUAGCCGUGCUCAAGCUUUCGGGAAUUAACAUUACUGAAGAUUGGGUUGGAUGGGGGUCAUGCUUGAUGAGCGAGAACUUGAAAGUUAUAGAAAUUAACUCUAAGUCAGGCUUAAAGAGGACUCCUGACUUCUCAAAAUGUUUGAAUUUGAAGAGAUUGGUUAUUCGACAAAGUACAAACUUGCUAGUGCUUGAUGGCUCUCUCUCUAAACUAGAGCACCUGAAGCACUUGGAAAUCAUCUCUAACGGAUUCUCGAAGAGGGAUGAUUGUGACCUUUGUCCAGUGUCUUUUGUAUUCGGUAGUCUAAAAUCACUGUCAAAUCUGCAAAUAAGAGGGAUGCACUUGCGAGAACUUCAUCAUUCCAUUGGAGGAAUGACACAUCUAAAGUAUUUGUCUUUAGAUGAUUGUUCUUUGCUUAGAACACUUCCAGACUCCAUUGAAAAUCUUAAAAUGUUGAGGAGGAUGAGUUUUAAAGGAACUCCAAUAAAGAAGCUACCGAACACAAUAGGAAAAUUAGGAUCUUUGCUUGAGCUAUGGUUGGACCGGACAAAAAUAAAAAAAAUUACCUGUUUCUAUUGAGAAUCAUAAAAAGUUGAGGUACAUGGGCCUUAAUGAUACUCCUAUAAAGAAGCUACCGAACCAAAUAGGAGGGCUAGAGUCUUUGUUGUGGCUAAGUUUAGAAGGCAUGGUUAUCACAGAAUUACCUGCUUCUAUUGGAAAU